AUGACGUUGAAGGACUAUGUUUACGCGACGGUCAGCAACGCGUACGUGGUCAAAAUAGCCAGUGCGGUCGGUGUCAGCGCAGCCUUGUUUGUCCUGAACGAAGUGUUUACCCAGGUCAAAGGAUAUUUUUGGCGGAAUCACGUGACCGAGCUGGAAGUAGCCAAUACGGAUCAGUGUUACGAUUGGUUGUUGCGAUGGUUGGCCGACAACAAUGACCUGUUGCACUUCAGCGUGACGACCAGGGAGAUCGAUUUGCCUGAAAAUUAUUUCAAGUACGAUUUUGAACCCAGCUCCGGCGAACAUGUUAUCAAAUAUAAAGGCCACUCGAUCGCUUUGAAGCGGAAUCGUACGGAAAUAUCAAGCGAAUAUUUGGCAAGACCAUUCGAGACGUUUCGCAUCACCACUUGGGGACAAAAGAAACAAUUGUUGAACGAAAUGCUCGAGGAAGCUAGGUUACACACGAUAUCAAAACGGAAAGUUGGUACCGCUCUGUAUGUGCCAACAUACGACAGGUGGCUAAGAUUUGGAUUUCGCACGCCCAGAUCAAAGCAGACAGUGAUACUCGACGAUGGCGUAUUUGACGGUAUCUUGGCGGACCUGAACAACUUCAUAAACGGCUCGUCUUGGUACCAAGAGAGGGGCAUACCGUACCACAGAGGGUAUUUACUGUACGGGCCUCCGGGUUGUGGAAAAUCUUCGUUAAUUAUGGCGCUAGCUGGUGAACUGAAGUUCCAUAUCUGCAUAUUAAGCUUGAACAAUUCGAAAAUGUCCGACGAACAACUACUUCAGCUAAUGGUCUCGUUGCCAACGCGGUCGUUAGUGCUUAUGGAAGACGUUGACUCCAUGUUUGUUGACAAGGAAGGAAAAUCUGUCGUAGAAAACAGUAAAGUCACACUGAGCGGUUUGCUGAAUGCUUUUGAUGGCAUUGGAUCAUCCGAAGGCAGAAUAUCGUUUAUGACGACAAACUAUAUAGAAAAAUUAGAUCCUGCGUUGAUUCGUCCGGGUCGCGUCGACUAUAAAUUGCACAUCCUGCCAUGUACAGAUCAUCAAAUAAAAGGGAUGUUCGAUCGGUUUCAUCCUAACGAAAUUUAUGCUAGAGAAAAAUUUGUAACCGAAGUAAAAAAACAACAAAAGCCCAUCACUCCAGCUCAGUUACAAGAAUUCUUUCUAGUUCACCGUUAUAAAGAAUUAACAGAUAUCAUUGAAAACAUAAAUGAUUUAUGGCAAGACAAUGAAAACAAUCAAUCAACAAAAUAA